GCCCGCAGCUACUUCUUGUUUCUCAACCAUCUUCAGAACUCGACGUUGCAGUCUCCGCCCAAUUCGCGGUUAAAUCGAUUGUUUCUCAGUUCCCGUUAAUCAGACCCCCAAAGUCAAAUCAAAAUGAAGCACCUCGCAGCUUACCUCCUCCUCGCCCUCGCUGGCAACGAGUCUCCCUCCGUCUCCGACAUCAAGGAGGUUCUCUCCUCCGUCGGCAUCGACGCUGACUCCGAGCGCCUCGAGAAGGUUGUCGCUGAGCUCCAGGGCAAGAACCUCCAGGACCUGAUCGCUGAGGGUUCCGCCAAGCUCGCCUCCGUCCCCUCCGGUGGUGCCGGUGCUGCUGCCCCCGCCGCUGCUGCCGCUGGUGGUGCCGCCGAGGCUGCCCCCGAGGCCGCCAAGGAGGAGGAGAAGGAGGAGUCCGACGAGGACAUGGGAUUCGGUCUCUUCGACUAAAUGCCUUGCUCAAAAGCGUCUCAAAAAUGACGAGUUGGGGGAACAGACAUCUGGAUGGAAUGGCCAGUUCGCGAAUACCCUUCAGCGACUGGUUCCUCAAAUGUGCAUUGUUCAGGCUGUUCUGACGCAGUUACGAAUUCUCCAUACGUGAGCCGUAAAAAGCUCCUAGCCAAUACAGAUUCUUCUGUCCUCCACUCUGUGUCGUAUACGUAGGGCGUAGUCGUUGAACCACAGUUCUCGAGCCGGUUCGAUACCAUGAGCGUGGCAAUGUUCUCUGUACAAGUCUAUCGAUUAGUC